GGUAACCCACCCCCACCAAGAGUGCCAGUUGAAGCAAACACACUUCCAGAUUUCUUAACGGUCCCACAAGCGCCCGACUAUUGUAUUGCCAAGCUCAAGAAACAGUUUAAAGAAAACGAUACGUAUUUCGAAGCUGUUAAGAACCAAGUCGAAGAGAAUAAAAUUGCUAGUGCUUAUGAUGUUGUUUAUGCGAAGGCGGCCGAGAUCUGUGCUGCUGAACAAGUGGAUCGUCUGAAAGCUCUGUUCAACGAAUAUGAUGUAAUUCAGCGAGACAUGGAGGCUCUUGCGCCCGAAUACAGUAAAGAAACUAAGCACCAAAUACUGCAAUGGUUGAGAGAUGACAACUUCGCUAAACUUUCUCAAUUUCUCGUCAAGGAGGUUAUGGUGAGUUGA